AUGGAUGCCUCGACACCCAAGACAAUUCUAACAUCUGAUAAUUUCUUCCAUGCACAAGAACUCUCACGCGCCACAUCGCCAGGUGGUGAACCCGCUGCAAUGAAUGGUGAUGUCGAUGCAAAAGCCCGCGUCCGACCGCGAACCUACCCAUACUUCAAAUACCUUCCAUACCAGCUUGAAGAUGAACCAGAGCGAGAUCGAACCCUUCAGGAGAUUUUGAAGCACCUUUAUAUCGCGGUCGAAGCUGGGGACUUCAAUCCUGGAGCUGUGCACUGGACACGUGAGCUCCGAGGAUGGUUAUCACUCAAGUUUGAUCCAACUCGAAAGGACCGGAUCAACCUAGUAAAGCUUUACUAUGAGCUUGCCUUGGCUCCUGGUAUUGACCCUAAUGUCUCGGAGCGAUUUGCGAGCAUGUUCAUGCUACUUACCAAGCGCAAGCACUAUCUUCGGCCCGUCAAAGACCUUACCCUAGAUUGGAAACCUCUAUACAAAGAACUCAAGGCUUUUGUGCUCCCGACCGAAUCCGGCCUGGUUCACUCGACUAAUCUUAAGAGAAAUAUAAAGACACUCACUAAGCUAUGUGCCUUUGCUCAACUGUUCAUCGAUCCUCGCGAACUUCCUGCGAUGCUUGAGGAAUUCUUGCCUCACUACACUACCUCCUUCUCCGAGGGCGCAUUUGUGGUCGCUGGUCUGAUCAAUCUGUUGCUUCCAACAUCGCCCCCUCCACCUAACCGUGAGGAUCUGCUCCCUCAGAAUUAUUUGCCCACUCAUUUCCACUUGUGGUCUCUUGUUGGUCGCUCAAAAACCUUUGAUACGACAUAUGUGGACUACCUCUCACGACUAGCCCGCGAUUCACUACCAGCCGGGCAAAUCACCUUCUCUGAGCACGGUAUUUUUACUAAGGAACAGUCUGCACUUAUCUUCACCGCGAUACUGAGGCUGUUAGAGAUCCCCGUGGGACAGUCUACCUCUCCAUACAGCGCUCUAGUUGAUAUUUCUUCCGGUCUGGGCAUCAUGCUUGAUCGUGAUACUCGCAAGCAUCCUGUGGCCCAUCACAUCGCCCGAUGGAUAGUCAUGUCUCUCUCGCCUACUUGUUUGGAGUCGGAAGAUUCCAUUCUCAGUCAACUGGAGGGUCUAAUACAGGCUGUGGAAACUUUCUUCCACCCUUCUAACUCGGGCAGCUGGACAAAGACCUUGUCGCAGUUGGUAUUUUACCUAACUGACUUCUUUGUCAUGCGUUGGAAUCGUGAGCAAAGUGGGGAGAUGGAUAUUCCACAAGAGCGACGACUCAAUGAGCCAUUGAAGCAACGCUUUGUUCUUUGCCUCAGGGAUGUAGUCUUUAUGGGCAUCUACGCCAAGAGCAGCACUGCAAUGACCUUUUCCUUAUCUACACUACAGGGACUCGCCUACCUGGAGCCACAUCUUAUUCUGCCUGGCGCCUUGCAGAGGAUCUACCCUGCUCUGCAGGGUCUCGUUGAGGUGCAUCGAACCACGUCGUCGCUUCGUGCCAUGCAGGUUCUUUCUCGCGUUAUUACCCGGACCAAAGGCUACCGAUGCCAUAUGACCACUCUCCUUGGCCUUGCAUUGCCCGGUAUCGAUGCCAAUGACCUUGAAAAGUCUCUUCACGCUCUAUCAUUCAUUCAAUCCGCAUGCUACAAUAUUCCAAUGGCAGACAUGACCAAGGGAAGAGAUGACAUUAACUGUAACAUGCUCGCUUUGCAAUGGAUUACCGGCGAAAUGGAGCGUAUGGAGGAGCAGGGAGCUGCUGUUCAGCUGAAUUACGACACCGAGCUAGAUGAUGAGACAGAAGAAAUGAUCCUCCGCUCAUCCACUUGUAGCUUUGGAGACUUCAUCAUCUCAUUACUUGGCCGUGUAUUCACACUCCUGGAGAACCUGCCAGAUGUCACACGAGUGCGUAACAGUUCUCCAGAAGAGAACAUCGUGAACACAUUGCCUGCCACUUUUAUGCCUCUUCUUGCUUCUCUAUCUCCGGAGUACUACGAUAUUGCCUUGUCAAAAAUUGUGGAUUUUGUAUCCAAUCACGUCAUUCACCAAGCCCGAGAUGCCAUGGCAUUCAUUUGCAACGCUCUGUGCAAGGUCAACCCUGAAAAGGCCCUGAAGCGGUUCAUUCCAGUUUUGACAGCGGCUAUCCGAAGUGAAAUAGAGGAAAACGGGGCCGGUUCGACUAGAACCACUGGCACGGAUGUUCUCCCGCGUGAUCGUGGCUUGGUCUGGAACGUCAGCAUGUUAAGUAUGUGUGUAGUGCACGUCGGUGAUGCUGUUCUUGCCCAUCGAGAGGAGCUCUUUGACAUUGCAGUUUACAUGCAGCAAAAUUGCCGAGGAAUCCCUACUGUACAUAUUUCUAACUUCAUUCAUCACCUUCUGCUUAACUUGACUGGAACAUACACCAGGGACUACUCUUUGUACGAGGAGGCGGACGUUGAGGGUGGCAUUCAACCACAACACUGGAGCUAUAAGGCUGAUAUGAAUAACCUCACAAUCCGCUGGCACGUGCCCAAGCGCGAAGAGCUGGAAUUUGCAGUCAAAAUUUUCGAAAACCAGGCUGGAACGGCUUUGAAGCAUCUGUCUGGAUUGACGCACGAGACUUCAAGCAUUAAGCGUGACGGAAGCGGCAAGGAUUGGUCCGACGAAGUCACAAGAAAUCUUGUCCUUCUACGACUGCUUCUGUCUGGUAUCUCAGUGCUCUUUGAUCCGAAGGCUGCCUCACAGUCCUCAUCCGAAGCUGACAUAAUGCAAGAUGACUCGGCUGCCUCCAAUGAUGAAGAUCUUGACACCUCAGAUGAAUCUACAAUCAGGGAAAAUUUUACAUACCCAACAGGGUAUCCCCUUGAAGAAGAAGAUCCUUUGUAUAAGACCAUUCACGAAACUCGUGAGCGAGCAGGCUGGGUCUUGCAUGAAACCCAUCGGUUCCUGGCUGAUAACCAAGAGGAUGAUGUGCCAUGCUUCGGAGCUUUGUAUUCUGCUUUCCGCUCUUGGUUUGUCGACGUUGGCAUCGAAAGAUCUGCUCAUGUUCUAGAUCGCGUGACACGUCUUUUGGCGGCAGAUAUUCACCCAUACAAGAUGAGUGGUGUUCGAAAAGAUUACCCGCGGGCGCUGUUGGUUCGUAGGGCCAAUGUGUAUCAUCUGCAACGUCUGCGACACAACGCUGCGCCGAGACCCCGGUCCAAGGUUGAUGAGGUUCUUCUGUUUGAUCUUGCCGAAUCCUGUGUUUCUGUCUACACAGAGACGCGUCGAAACGCCCAGAAUGCAGGUGAAUCGGCGCUGAAGUCCGUUUGGGGUGCCCGGACUCUCAUCAUCCCCCCUCUUCUCAAGGCACUCCAGAGGGGCGUCAAGGAGAACGACAAUGCACGUAUUAAGGGCGCCUUGUUCUCGCUACUUCUGAGCAGCGUGGCAAAGACUGUCGGGCGGAACUGGAAGUACACUCCCAGUCUGAUCCGAACCUUCAUCGAGGCCAGCGCAGUAGACAAGCCAUCCGUACAGAAAAUUUGUUCCAGCGCCGUGUUCCAGAUUAUGGAUUAUGGCCGUGCCAUGGAGAGGAUGUCUAUUUUGGACCGUGACAUUGUGGAAGCGAUUGCACCUAGUGGCGAUGUCAGCAGUCAGAUCGAGCAAAAGCGAAGUAACAUCAACAAGAAACGUGUUAUGAUCGAGAAGAAAAAGGCCGAUCUGGCAGAAGAGUUGGUGAACCUGGCGCGUAUCUCUCAUUGGAAGAUCGCUAGCCGUGCUGCGACCAUUGUCAUCACCAUGGGUCUGCGUUUCGACUACAUCGCCGGUCAAAAUCUCAUUGACCUGGUGACAAAGGGCUCAAUCGAUGACCAUCCAGGCUUGCGGGGCAUGUACUCUCAGGCUCUCAUUGCACUGUUCACCAUCAUUGACGUUCGUGCCAUUUGCACCCAUGACUACAAGAAUUAUAUCCUGGGUCACCAACGUUUCCCUUCCAAGAUCAAGGUUGCAACCAAACCUCAUGAGAAAGCGUGGACCCAGGACUACUUAAACAGCUUUGCCAACCCCGAAGCGGAGUAUUAUAUCGAUCAUGAUUUUCCAGGCUGGCUGGUCUGGGGAAAGACCAUGCCCGCAUACAAAUCCAACGUGAAGCGGGACAUCGAAUAUGACGACGUUGAGUGGAACGUACGAACUCAGGUUGGCAAAUUGUUUACUCGCGACUGGUUUCACAAAUUCUUCAUGUACCUGAAGCAGGAGCCAAGAGAUCCCUCUGCGGACAAGUUCCGCAUGUCAUCCGCCAUGCUACUGCUCUAUGCCUUUGAGCUCAUGCUUCGGGAUGGCCUCACUGUUGCGUCAUUCCAGGAUAUCAAGGAAGAAGUCCAGGCCGUUUAUGAGGAUGGCAGUGACAAGCACCAACAUCGUGCCACUGCUGAGAUUCUCGGGGCCUUAAUCAGCUCGGCGACAGAGACUAGCGUGGAGAACCGAGCCUUGGUUUGGGAGUAUGCUUUCCCCAUUGUGAGGAAGGUCUUUACCGAUGGUCUCACUCCUGAAAACUCUGGUUAUUGGACAACCUUCCUUCAUAUGAUCCUUCAGUGCCGUGAUCCUCGCCGAGCCUGGCCUCUAGUUGAUUGGCUUUCCAGCUUCCGUCUGGACAUGUCCACCAACGCAGCUUUCAAGGAGAGCUCGAAAAUCAAUCUUCUUCACCAGUGCAUCAUCGAUUCUGGAUGGCAUUUCCAGCUGGAGAAACCAAUUGUCGAGGAUUUCCUCGCUCAUUUAAACCACCCAUACAAGGGCGUACGAGAGGCCAUGGGCCAGACCCUUGCGACGAUCUAUCGUACAAGAUACCACGAGUCGUACCCCGACCUCAAGCAGCUUUUGGACGCUCAAAAGUCUUCGUCGUCAGUCGGAAUCUACCCCUAUGCUCCAACAGAGGAUUUCUCAAAGAUGAUUCGAGGAGUCUUCGAUCAAAUUGAAAAGUGGCGACAAUUGAGAAGUCCAGGUCAGCAAACCCCUUCAUCCUACACAUCUGGUAGCAAGACCGUUCUUCUCUGGUUAGAUUCAACCCUUUCCUCUCAUGAGUGUACGCAGCUUGUCCCAUUCUUCCCCGAGGUGUUCACCGCUCAGCUUCUGCACAUGAUGGAUGUCAAGGAGGACCCGGAAUUACAAUCCCUCGCGUAUCAUGUCUUCCGCCACCUCCCCAACAUUCCGUAUCCCGCCGAGAAGAACUCCGAGUUCAUUCAAUCUCUCAUCAGAAUCGGACAGACAUCUCCAUCCUGGCACCAGCGAUUGCGUGUAAUGAUCAAUAUCCAGAUCAUCUACUUCCGCCGACUGUUCCUACUGGACCCUGCCGAUCGCGAUAAGUUGUUCGACUGCAUUGCCUCUAUGCUCGAAGACUCCCAGCACGAAGUUCGUGCAGGUGCAUCUGCCACGCUCUCAGGCAUGAUCCGCUGCUCGCCUGCAUUCCUGCGAAACAGGAUGGUUCAGCGAUUCCAGGAGCGUUUUACGAAGCUGCUUGUAGAAAACCCUCUCCCCAAGAAGCCGAAGAACCCUCGAUCAGCUGUUUCGUCUGUUGUUCCUUCCGGCGCUGGGACUCCUACCCCCGAACACAACCGACUGGUCAUCGUUCGACACGGUGCGGUGUUGGGUCUAGGUGCUUUGAUCCAAGCUUUCCCAUACGACAGUCCUCCGCCCAACUGGAUGCCCGAAGCGUUAACCUCGUUGAGCAUCCGUGCCGCUAACGACCCCGGCAUUGUUGGCUCCAGUGUGAAGUCGAUCAUCAGCGACUUCAAAAAGACCAGGCAAGAUACCUGGCACAUCGAUGCCAAGGCUUUUACUUCUGAUCAGCUGGAAGAUUUAUCUGGUGUUCUAUGGAAGAGCUAUUUUGCGUAG